AUGGUAGUCUCCACAGUUGCCUGGUACCUUCUGUACUUUCUCGCGGCCUACGUGGUCUGGCACGUCCUCAUCUGGCCCUGCCUCGUCCUCGUCAUCUCACCCAUGCGCGCUCUGCCUGGCCCCACACCGCUACCCGUUGUGGGCACUCUGUACAGGCUGAAGAAAAAGACCAAUGGCCAGUCGAACAUCCUUGAUCUCGUCAGAGAUUGGGUUGCUCGUGAUUCACGCAUGUACUGUGUGUGGAAUGGCCCGCGUCCCGCCGUCGUCCUUUGCCAUCCCGACACUAUGUCAGUCGUCCUCCGCUCGUCCGUCUCCGUCUCUAAAGGCGCCGUCUACGACACCAUCCGCCCAUGGCUCGGCAACGGGCUACUGGUGGCAAGAGGUGCCGCCUGGCAUGCGCGCCGCAAGCUCCUCACCCAUGCCUUUCAUUUUUCCAUUCUCAAGCAAUCGCACGACGUCGUUGCCCGCAAUGCCGCCAUCCUCAUCGGCAAGCUCGCAGACGCCCGAUCUGGUGAGCCUGCCGCCUACCUCGACCUCGCCCCGUUCAUCUCGCGCUGCACUCUCGACAUCAUCUGCGAGGCCGCCAUGAACGAAAAGGUCAACGUGCAGGACGCUGCCGACUCGCCCUAUCUUGCUGCUGUCCACGAGGCCUCUACCCUCAUGUUCCAGCGCAUCCUUUCGCCGUGGUACGCCCCGGGCUUCCUCAACGGUCUCCUCUACAAGUUCUCCAAGCUCAAGGUGCAGACCGAUGCCGUCCUCGGCACGCUCCAUACCUUCACCAACUCGGUCAUCGCUUCUCGCAAGGCGAUGCUCGCCGCCCAUCCGCUCUCGCCCGAUGAUGCGCACGUCUUCCUCGAUCUUCUCCUCGCCGUCCGCGAUGAGGACGGCGCCGGCCUCACCGACCGCGAGAUUCGUGAAGAGGUUGAUACCUUUAUGUUUGAGGGCCACGACACCACAUCAGCCUCCAUUGCCUGGACACUGCAUCUUCUCAGUCUCCACCGCGAGUGGGCCGAUGCUGUGUUCAACGAGCUGGCUGCCGCGCCGUCGUUUGCCACCCAUACCGCGACGGGGACGGCCACUCCCUGGAUCCCGAGCGAGCGCGAGCUGGGCAGCUUCCGGGCCCUGCACAACGUCAUCUGCGAGUCGCACCGCCUCUACCCGCCUGUUCCGUUUGUCUCCAGGCAGACGGCUGAGGACCACGUCGUGGACGGCUUUCGCAUCCCCUCCGGCUCCAACGUCUCGCUCAACAUCUAUGCUCUGCAUCACAACCCGACCGUCUGGCCCGAUCCGGAGCGGUUUGACCCGUCCCGGUUUGAGAGUCCGCUCUCAUCGCCAUUUGCACACAUCCCGUUCUCGGCCGGCUCGCGCAACUGCAUUGGACGCAAGUUUGCUGAGCGUGAGGUGACCACUCUGGUCGCCGCUGUCGUUGCUGCCUACCACCUCGCCGCCGACCCGCACCACGACCCCUACCCGCGCCCUGAUCUUAUUCUUCGCCCGGCCAACGGUCUCCGCGUCAAACUCACCCCGCGCUGA